AUGUUAGACGAUAUGCCUAGAGCUGUAAGUGGUGCUUCCCGUUCACGUCUGCACGCCCGCUAUCCGAUACGGACUACCGACGCUCCAACCGAACAGAGACUCCUACCGUAUGCUGGCGGUCCUGUACUUUUCGAAACGGGUCAAUUUGCGGGGCGCACGUUGAGGUUCAAGUUGCAUGAGUUGCAGAAAGCUGACGCUGGUCGAAAGUUUACACGUAAGGAUCGGAGGGCCCUCGAUCCGCCCCCUGUUGUAUCUUUGACGCUGUACGAGAUUAUGAAUCCCGUUUUGUCGACCGAGAGGGAGGUGGAAGUAGGAUCGGACAGCACUUUCCGAACACUCGGUCUUUUAUGUCACGUAGAACUGUAUGAUGUUUCCGUAUUGGAGUCAAGAGACUUGCGGCCCGGGAGAUUCAUUCCCGCAGAUGUGAGCCCACGCGACGCGUCUACGUCAAGGGUACCUUCGGGUACUACAUCCCAAGCUCCGUUAGCUUCUCGAGGAUCGGACACGUACACCAACAGGGUUCCGCAAGGUCUCGAUCGCUAUCGUGAUUCACUCCUGUCACCAACGGCACCAAACCCUACGGUAUAUGCACCCUUUCCACGGGAGUUGUUCGUGCCGACGUCCCCCAUCUUGGCUCGAUCAUCAGGCAGGAUUGAUUCAACUGCGCGCGAACGCCAUAUCCUCACCACCGACGAUUAUCUAUGUACCUCGGAACUUGCAGGAACAACUGUGGCCGAAGCUGCUUGCGUGGAUUUGAGGGGGAAGAGCACGCUAAUGUUUAUAUUCUCAGAUUUAUCGGUGAAGCGAGAGGGCGAAUUCAUUCUCCAGUACCGAGUAUUCGACGUCAUGUCCACUAUAUGCGGGGGAGUUGGACACCCCAUUCUCGCUGAAUGUUAUGGCGGACCAUUCCAAGUCUAUGCAACAAAGGAAUAUCCCGGACUGCGGCCUUCUACUAACCUUACAAAGCAUCUUUCUCGUUACGGGAUUCGUCUCAAUGUACGCGAGAAUGAACGCCGCAGGAACAAAAAGGAAUAUGUCGAAUCAUCCGAAGUGUUGUCCCAAACCGUGUCUUCUGCUGAUACGAACGAUUACUCAAAGCGAAACGUUGGCUCACCCAUGUUCCCAAUUUCACCCAGCACGUCUUCCACGGGUUCUGGUUUCGGUCUGUGA